UUUUUUUUCAUACCCUUUUGAAAACACAGGGGUUAAGUUAGAUUUCAAGAUGAACUGCUAUUUUUUGAGCAUUUUCCUAACGCUGGAUUUAGCCACUGUGGCUAUCAGCCUGUCUACCUGCAGUACCCUCGACAUGGACCAGUUCAUGAAGAAGCGGAUCGAGGCAAUAAGGGGGCAGAUCCUGAGCAAAUUGAAGCUCACUAGCCCACCUGAACACUACCCUGAGCCCGAGGAAGUGUCUCAGGAGGUUAUCGCCAUCUAUAACAGCACCAGGGACCUGCUGCAGGAGAAAGCCAACGAGAGGGCUGCGACUUGCGAAAGAGAAAGGAGCGAGGAGGAGUAUUAUGCAAAGGAGGUGUACAAGAUAGACAUGUUUCCCCUUUAUUCACCUGAAAAUUACAUCUCUGCAACUUAUUACAAUCCUUACUUCAGGCGCCUUAAAUUUGAUGUUUCAUCAAUGGAGAAAAACGCAUCAAAUUUGGUGAAGGCAGAACUUAGAGUUUUUCGAUUACAAAAUCCAAAGGCAAGAGUAUCUGAACAGCGAAUAGAACUUUAUCAGAUCGUAGGGCACAAAGAGCUAACAUCACCAACCCAGCGCUAUAUUGACAGUAAGGUAGUGAGAACAAGAGCAGAAGGGGAAUGGUUGUCUUUUGAUGUUACAGAAGCUGUGAGUGAAUGGCUACUUCACAGAGAUAGAAACAAUGGAUUCAAGAUAAGUUUGCACUGCCCAUGUUGUACAUUUGUACCUUCAAACAAUUACAUCAUACCAAAUAAGAGCGAAGAACUAGAGGCAAGAUUUGCAGGAAUUGAUGAUAACUAUAGCAGUGGUGAUUUGAACGUAUUCAAGAAGAGGAAAUUCAAUGGGAAAACUCCUCAUCUCUUACUGAUGCUGCUGCCAUCCUAUAGACUUGAGUCUCAACAAAGUGGCCGAAGGAAGAAACGUGCCUUAGAUGCUGCAUAUUGUUCUAGAAAUGUACAGGACAACUGCUGCUUACGCCCAUUACAUAUUGACUUUAAGAGGGAUCUUGGUUGGAAAUGGAUUCACGAGCCCAAGGGAUAUAAUGCCAAUUUCUGUGCAGGGGCCUGUCCAUAUUUAUGGAGUGCAGAUACUCAACAUAGCAAGGUGCUCAGUUUGUAUAACACGAUAAAUCCAGAAGCCUCUGCCUCUCCAUGCUGUGUAUCUCAAGAUUUAGAACCUCUUACUAUCCUGUAUUAUAUCGGAAAAACUCCCAAAAUCGAACAGUUGUCAAAUAUGAUCGUCAAGUCUUGCAAGUGCAGUUAAAACUUUUGAAAGUCUUGGGUACAUCAGUGUUAAAAGAGAAAAGUUUCACCACACACGGUACUAGUCUGUUUGGAAGAAUCUUUACAACCAACAGGAGCAAAGUAUUUCCAAGGCAUUAAUUCCUAUGCUUUACUUACUAUGUUAGUGAGAUAGAAGAGAAACAGAACACUGUAAACACUGGAAGAAUUUGUAAGUGUUAAUAUGUGAAAUAAUCGAAGAAUCCCAUGUUCCUGAAAAUCGCUGUGUAGGUAUCACACACCUCAUCUAAUCUUUCACUUUCUCUCUGUAUUGUUAUGCAAUUGGCAUCCUAGGAACGCCUUACAGUACAGUCCAUUUUUAUUUGUUAUUUUUAUGUAAAACAUUCACUUUUUAGGGUCUUCAACUUUAGGUAUUGAUGUGUGAAUGUGUUACUAAAAUGCUUGGCUAUUAGACCCUUAUGCCAGUUUCCAAGCUGUCAUUUUAAAAUGCAAUCAAACAUGUAAUAUACUUAACGACAUCUGUUUAGAAGUCCAAUUUCUCUUCUAGUACAUUAUGGUUGAUGAUAAGAUAAUAAUGAAAAUAAGGCAAAUUGUUUGGUCUAGACAACAGUCCGCUAUACCAGGAAUUUAGAUUUUUUUAUUAUAAUAAAUGUGUAAAAUUUGAAUUUGUCAUAUAUUUGUGGACUCCUGUAAUCCCCCACGUUAUUUGUAACACAAUGGAGCUGAGCUUCAAACUUCUAAAGUGCUUAAUGUUUUUGUCCCCUCUGUGUGACUGUCAUUGUGUAAAUCAAAAACUGUUACUAAUGCAACUAACCCUAUCACACUCCACGUAGAUGGUCUGUAAGAUCUCCAGAAAGAUAUUAUAGCCAAAACUGUAUGACGAUAAAUGCUGGGCUCUGUGGCCAUUCCUCUUGAAGGGCUUGUUUCUGAAGGUCAGGAAUGGCUCGUUCAGGCACAGGGACACAGUAUCGUUCUCUUUGAACCAGCCAUUCACACAAGCAGCUAAGUGGACUGGAUCAUUAUUAUGAUGAAAAACUGCAGCAUGACAGAAAUGAGUAGGGCCUAUUCACAAAAGGCUAGGGAGUGUUUUAAAACAGAGAAAUAAACUCCAACCCGUUUAGUAGUUCAGAGGCUUGGAUUGCACAAAGGAAGGUUAACAACCUUUAGCAGUUUUAAAAGCAGCAAUGUAACUUGUCAGUGGAUGUGAUAUAGUAUUGUAGAAGUACAGUCUAUUAAAACAAAUAUAUUCUGCUGUGGUUUUUAAUGAAACAGCUAUUUACGAAUGAGGAAAGUCCACAUAAUGAAUAUGUGCUGAUUUGAAUAUAGAUGUUGAUACAAAGAUCCAAUUGAGAAAUAUUUUAAGGAGGCAGUAAAUGUUGUUAUAAAUAUCCACAACUAAUUGCUAUGAAACAAAGAAAAUGCCAGUGUACUACCUUUGUACUAAAGUAACGUGCAUAAACCCGGCCCAAUAAUAUUGAAGGUUGGUUGAUGUUCAGUGUGGACAAAGCCUGUCAGUAUAUGAAGUUCAAAUUGUCUGAGGUAUAAUUUAGGCUGUAUUUGUUGAACAAAUAACUCCAAGAGAAUAAGCAGACUCAGAGGAAGUGUUUCUAUAAGCCCCUUAAGAAAACUCCUUUUUGCAUUUCCCAUACUUUUGAACAUGUCAGACAGGCUUUUUUGUUUUACUUCUUGUCUAUGGGGCUGCUGGAAUGCAACACCUUUGCGUUUCAUUUUGUAAUACCUUUGUGUUUAGAAUCAUAAAGGUUUAGAAACCUGACAAAUGGCAUUAAAAGGAGAUUUCGUUUGAUCUUAUCUCUUGUUUAGAUUGAGAUGGAUGCCGUAAUUGUAGAACUAUACUUGAUUGCGCUGGACGCAGCCAAAUGUUGUACACUUUGAUUACUUUCUCUUUGUUUAGUGCUUCUCUUUGUUUGUGUUUGAGUGCCUUCCUUUUUCCUCAUUAGGAUAAUGUUCUUUGUUUCACAGAAUUGCACUGAUAGUAUUGUAAUGCUUUUUUCCCCCGUAAGUUUUGAAAAAAAGAUUUUGUUUUGUUUUAGUUAAUAUGCAUUUCUUAUUUUCCCUUAGUAAACAAUGGACAUGGAGAAAUACAGCACUUAGGACGGAGGGUUAGGGGUAACAUUAUUUCCUUCUAUCAACAAUAAAGUCAAAUGAGCAGCAUGGAAUUGAACUGUUAAAUGGAAACAGCAUUGUUAUGUUUUGUUGACCCAUUGCAAUGUAUUUUAACAUAUGGUAUGUUUGUUGUGGUGCUCUAGUGGUAAAUAAAUUAUUUAAAUCACAA